GGUAAAAUCAAACUGCGAACUCAGAAACCAUCAAACCGAGGCUCUCAUGCGACAAGUCAACGACAUGUAGAUACUUACUGUGAAAUAGACGAAGGCGAAGAGACGGAGGACAAAUGUAAAACACUGAAUGAAUCUGAAAUUUACGAACUUAUCGAUCAAUCAAAAAAAGAUGGGGCAAAGUAUACACCACUUCCGCCAAGGCCAGGUUUGUCGAAAGAGGAGAGAGCGGUGAUGUCCACGGUUUCAAUGCAGAAGAUACUUGAGGAUGAUGAUAAUGCCGAUACAGAGGUGGAAAUGAGAAAAGACAAAAGCAAUACUCAAAACCCACCAAAGAGAAUGGGGAAAACCUCUGCCCAAGUCAGCGGAUAUAUUGACAUGAAUAAAGAGAGACAAGAGGAGGACUAUGUUCCCAUGGCAGCCGAAAACACGGGAAAAGAUACGUCUACUAAAGAUGUUGUAUAAUAAAAACUGGCUACAAGGAAAAAUUUAUACUUUAAAUGAGAUUUCCGCUGUAAAAUGUCACGCGUAAUAUUUGAAUUUAUGUUGUACAAAAUGGACAAACUAUCUUUUUUUCACAUUAUAGUGAUGAAUGUUUAGUUAUCCACAAAAUAUAUAAAAAUUCUGAAGUUGUCUUCUGAAUGUUUCUGUUAUUGUUUGAAAACUUUGAAGUUGUAUUUUAAGUGUUUCUGUUGUGUUUUGUA